UAAAGCUAUUUUACGCAGGUUGAUUACUGUAUUAAAAUGAACUCCAAAACUUCGAAACUUUGUUGAUUAAGUAUUUAAAUCUAACGACUGACGAAACUUCGCUGGAAAUUACGGCUAAACAUAAUCACUCCAAAGUACAUAGUUAUAAUUAAUUUUUAAGAAAUAUCCGGGCUCUAUAUUUUUCCUCCAUUGUUUAUUUGUGGUUUUAUCUUCAUUGGCUAAAACAAAUUUUGACAGUUUGACAUCAGAAAACUGUGCAAAGUUAAUUACCUGUCGAUGCAUGGAAUAUUUUACAAGCUGCAUGUUCAAGAAAACGUACGAGGGCGAUAUGAUAAAAAAAACGGGAAAAUGCUGAAGCGAAUCCAGUUAGGGAGACUGUAAGAAAUGUUCUCUUUUACACUCUUCCCUGAAUAUUACGAGAUUUUAGAAAGUUUGAAUCGGAAGGGACGCUGUGACCUGAAGCAAUGCGUCAGUAGAGGGUCAUCCUUGCAUGAUUAACGUAAUCAGCCUGUGGAUGGAUGGAUAAAUCCCCAACCAGUCCGGCCACACCCUCCGACGAUUGCUCAUCCCGGAUCGCGCGUAUCGACCGACUUCUCAGCGAACAACGUGCCAAGCUCUCCGCCAUGGGGUUCCUCUCGGAAAGCUCUUCCGCGUUGGAAAUCCCAAAGAGCCUCCUCCCCACGCUCCAGACGAAAUCCCUCCCGGUCGUCGCGCAGUCGCAAAGCACCCUCGAAUUCUCUACGGAUAAUGACGAAUUCAUCACAGAGGAGAUUAAACCCGCCAAAUCCUUGGCUGCGGUGACGUACCCCAGUGCGUCGUUAACCGUGGACGAUGUGCUUGCCAGAGUGCGCAGUAUGCCCAUUGGGAAGCUCUUGGCGAAACGUAGUGAUCCACCGAAAGAUACUGAUUCAAAGAAGAGUAGCGUGAAAAACAAACCGGUUCUUCCGAAAUCUGUGAUAAAUCCGCGGCGAACCCAGGAGAAAAACAGAGCAGCGGACUCGCGGAAGAAACCAGUUUUGCCGAUUGUUAAUCCAGACGACCCGUUAAGUUAUAUUGACGUCACCGCGAAGACUUUGGGAAGCGACGCCGCGGUGCAUAUUUUAAAAGCCAAAGUACGCGCGCAGCACUCCGAUCUGGAGCAUGCACAGGAGCAGAUCGAAAGGUCACAGCAGCAACUGGCCCGUAAAUCCAGUGAACAAGAAGAACUCGAGUCGGAGUACCGUGAAUUGAAGAUUCGUCAGACGCAACAGGAAAAUAAACUCCUCGCGGCUGCUAACGAAGCGCGCUUGGCGAAGAAGAAAGUGCAAGAACUUACAUCGGAAUUGGAAGCAUUUCGAAAGGAACUGGCGGACCGGAGGAGGAAGAAAGUGGAUGUCAAGAGAAACGAAGUGUCGGCGGUGUCGUUGAAUCGUUUGAGCGUCGUCCAGGAGAAGCUGAAUAAGGAGCUCCAGGAAUUGCGAGAGGCGAAUGCGGUGUUGAGUGAUAUGAAGGACAAACAAGCUAAGGAAAUCGAAGCAGAGAAAAAGUCGCACCGAAAACAGCUAGAGAAAUUUGUUAAAGUGUUGUAUAAACAGGAAGAACUGGUGAGCAAUUUGGAGCUGCAGCAGCGGACUGUGGAGCAGCGGCAGUUGACUGCGUUUUCUGAGGACGAGUUUCAGCGCUGUUUAAAGAUGACAUGAAAUACUACUUGAAAAUAAAACCAGUGUUUUCCCUAAAGCCGCAGUUGAUGGAUGACCGUUGUGAAAUGUUCAGGGGGAAAGCAGCGAUGCACUGAUCGUUAUAGUUCUGUUUUGAAAUUAUGAGGAAGUCCAAAUUUUGUGUUGGGAUUUUUGCAGAGCUUGAAGCAAAAACAAUUUGUGUAAUAAAAAAAGUAAAAGAUGAUUAUCAAUAAAUUUA